GUCUGGCGCCUUUAGCGUUAGCUUUUUUUGUUACUUACAUACUUCGCCGAGAGUUGGAGAGACAUUACAUAGAGCAGCGAGUCGCUUUAUUUCUUGCGUCUAGAAGCGACGUCUGCAUCUGUUCUGGCGUUUUCGUGCCUCCGUAGUGUUUUCGCAAUCGACACCCGCAAAGACGAGACAGCGCUGGACCGAAUUUUCUGGAUCUUGUUUCAAGCUCAAGGGCCGCAAGGGGCACUGCUUUCCAGUCCCUCCCACUGCAGUCAAGAUGAGGCGUGCGCAUUUUGCUUGUGGUUUCUCGGAAGUUGUAUUGUUCUGCUGCGGUCAUGGCGUGCUGAAUGCUCUCGGAGCAUUCACUGGACCGAGCGAAAGUGAUGCCAUGGGAACGGCAGGUAUUUCUCUUUUUUAGAUCCGCCUUUGCGGAUGGUCUCUCCCGAAGCUUGCUAGCUACUCCAUCAGGGUAUGAGUUAGGCGGGGGUCGUUGUUUGCAUGUGGGAAACAAUUUCGGAUCCCGUUCUCGUCGGCUCUGCGCUGCCGCUGGUGCGUUCACGCCUGGGCCCUAGUGGUGCAGCGCCGGCCCUUUGAAGGUUAUCGCAGCGCAGCUGUUCGCGGCGUCGUGUGUGUGUGGCUGGGCAUCUUCUUGCCUGUGUGUCUUUCGCUCGGUGGGUGUGUAGCUGGGUCGCCAUUCGACGCAGCUAGGGGGCAGAAGGCUGCGUGGUGGUUUCUUUGCGUGCGUUUUGCCGGCUCGGUGGGUUCGGCCUUCUGGGGGGCUGUGUGGGUGUGGCAUCGCGUCGACCCUGCUCGCGGUGUGUCUUUCGUGUCGUUGUUCGCUCGCUGGCUACCCGCAGGGGGGCACGCCUGGGCAGCUUUCGCUCUUAGUUUUCUGCCCACGCAGAAGUCAGGCAAGCAGCUCCUUCGCAUUUUGUAGGAGUGCUGCCAGCGCAGGGUCUGGCGCUGGUUGGUCCGCUGCUAGUUACUUGCCGCGGCUGCGGUGUGCGCUGUUUGCUGUUUGCUGGGCUUCAGUAAUCGCAUGGCUGGCAGGCGCGGGCACAGUCAGCCGCCUGCGCGUCUGCAGCGUUGUCGUUGGUGUCUGCUCUUGUGUAGAGGGUCGGGGAUAGGCUCGGCGUCUGCUUGCCUGGUGUCGUGCUUGGGUCGGUGUGUUGUGUUCGGGGGGUCUUUUUUGUUGUUGCUUAGGCUCUCGCCCGUCUGGUGGGACGCGUUAUUAGCGGGACGCGCUCGCGCCAUGCGCUUCGGGUAGGACUUACGGGCGCCUGCUCAUGCAUGUUGGUGGCGGCUGCGGCUUGGUGUGGUCUUAUGUGGGUCUUUUGCGUGGGUUCGGCUGCUGGCUCCCGUGCAUCCAGUUCAGCUGGCGCAGGCGUGUGGCGGUGUGUUGGGGUCGAGGAUUUCUCAAAUCCAAAAAAAAAAGAUUUCUUGCUCCUCUGUGUUUGCUUGUGAGUGUAGUGUCUCUUCGCUUGCGAGCCCGGUUGGCCUUGCCCAGCUGGGGCCCUUUCGUUCUCUCUGGGGUCGGUGGUCCACCGGUCUUGGGCUCCCUCGGGCUUCUUCCUUUGGCUGCAUGCAAAACAAAGAUAGAAGCAACCUUCGGGAAGCGUACGUGCUUCGGGCGAUGAGGGUAGAUCUGGCCGAUGGCGAUCGCCCUUCAUUCUUGAAUCAGGGAGGAGAGCGCGCCUUGGUGGCUUUCUCUCCUCGUUUUCUGCUACAAUUCUUGCAGUGGCAACGGUAUGUGCUGCGUGGUGGGCUUAAUCGUUUGACAGGUGGGUGAAGUCAGCUGCCUGCGCAUCUGCGGCGUUGUCGGCGGUGUAUGUCUGCGCCCAGAAGGUCGGCGGCGGGCCGGCUCGACCGUUGCCAGCGUGGCGCCAUGCUUGGGUGUGUUUGGGGUGUCUCGUUUUUUUACUUUGAACCAUGCCAGUGCGGAGCGCUACAAAACCUACCUUGCUGGCAGGCUUAUACUAUUAAGCAUGCGGGCCCAGUGGUAAACUCGGGGGGAUUUGCCGGCUGUGUGUCUUUCGUUUUCCCGUUAAAUUGAUAGGAGCUGUGCUCGGUUUCCUUGCUAGCCUUUGUCUUGCGGAGGUUGGUCUCGAAAACCUUCACUCUAGAAGCCGUGUGGCUUUGGCACUCACUCCAAGGCGAGUUCUACUCUGUCGCCCCAAAACUCUGGCGCGCCCGCUUUCGCGCUUAGUAUUGGCUUGUGAGUUAGAACCCCCCUCAGGAAGCAGAACUGGCGCCAUUUCUUGAAGGUAUUCGAGGGGCCAGCCCUCGAAACAAACUAGCGCGACAAACUGGCAACACUUUGAGCGGGCCCCCCGGUCAUUCCAUUCGCCGCGUGCGAAAUAAGAGAAGCGGGGCGCAUUCUUAGCGCCAGAACUCGCAUGGCUUCGAGUAGCGGGGCAAACUCUUCGAAAGACUUGCCGGCCAUCUAUUGCUUAGGCUGGCUGCGUUCCUCGGCGUGCGUCGUCGGGUUUCGCGGAGUCUGCCUAGACACGGGUAGAACCUUGGCGGCGGCAGAGGGUGACUUGCUUGCCCUUCGGGUUUUUGGUGGUUUGGUCGGUGGGUCUUUCGUCGGAUUUUUUGAGGGGUUUCGGCAGCAGUGUCUUGGGUGCCUUCUGAGGUCGCUGCACCGGGUCAAAUAGGUGCAAUUCUGUCGGAGUUUUAGCAUGCGGCUUGCGUUCGGGUGGGAGCGUGCAUUAGCCUGGUUUUUGGGCUUUACUCUGUCACAAUUCUGGCGGGGUUUUGUGCUUUGGUGGGUUCCUUAUCAUGGUUUUCGGGUGUUAGUUUUUUCUUUUUGGUAUAGUUUUUGUCAUAGAUUUUCUUUUGUCUUAGAUAAGCCUGCCCCAAAAGCUUCCCCGCAAGCUGGGUCUGGAAGGGGGGGUAGGUAUCAACAACUACCACACCGGAGGCCCCGGAGAGAGCCGCGCCUCAAAUGUUGUGGCGUGGUUGUCGUGCCUUUUUCGUUGGGGGGUUUUGUGUGGUUUUAUGCACCGGCGCCGUGGAGGAGGCUUGAAGAAGGGUGGGGGCCUCGGGGUUCGCUUGUUCUUCGGGCGGGGCUGAAGCCCGUCGCCUGGCGGCUUUCUACUGUCAUGGCGAAAAAAAUAGCCGGCUGCGCUUGGUCUUCGUUCGUCUCAAUCUUGUUCCCACCUGAUCACAACUACAACAAACACAAAAAGCGGCUUGACAAAGUCGAGCGCGCUUUUCGUGUGUGUUUUCGCUAAUGGGUCGCGUGCUUUUCGUUUUCUUCUCAGGUAGUCAUCGCUGGGCGCAGGAGUCCGAAAUGCUUUCGAAAGUGACAAAACCAGCGAAAAGCGGGCCCGCACGGCUAAGAAAGAGGCCAGCGCAGACGGCUAAAAUUCGCCUGAAAUUGCAAACCAAACGGCCAAGAAAGCCGGCGGGACCCCUAAGAACUUGCCAAAGCUUUCAAGUAGCCGGCUUGUCACUUUGGAGGGCUCUCGAAGCGGGUUGCUGGGCGUGAGCCUCUCUCGCGUUCCGGCCCCGCGCUUCAGCUCCGCCGCAUAGGAAGGGGGGCCUGGGGCGGGGCUUCGUCUCUUUUGCGGGCGGCUGGUGUUGCUGGUUUUCGCCUGGAGUUACUGUGGCGCGGCUCGUGUUCUUUCGGGGCGUAGAAGUCAUCUGCUGACACGUCUGGCGUGGCGCCGUCCAUCUCCAUGCCUUUCUUUUGAUCAGACGCGCCGCGCGGGUUCCUCGCUGUUUUCAACGGAUUUAGGGAGCUUUCAGCGCCGACAAUUUUGGCCAAAUUUUAUCUGGGUGUACUGGCUUUGGGUUUGUCCGCCUGGGGUUGCUCGGAUCCAUGAUGUGAAGCCCCCGAGAGAGGGCCCGCAGGGCUUGUGGCUUCGCAAAUGGUCCUGGGGCGCCACUAGACUCCGAAGCCCCGCCGGGCUUCCGGCCCCAGAGACCUACCAACCCUCAGGCCAGGGCGACCGCAUGGGCUGUAGGUCCUCUUGGCGCCUUGUCUCUUUGUUUGUGUUGUUUUGUGUGGUUCGUCGUCGCCUCUUUUGGCUCUUUCUUCCUUCCAAUCAAACACGGGCUAGGAACAGGAAGGGUCAGCGAGGGGCUGAGAUAUUAUUUUUGAAUCUUUCAUCUGGAAAAAAAUUGUAGUAGUAGAAAAAAAUGGUAGUAGUAGCUGCGUCUGGUGCGAUGAUUCUCUUAGUAUAUUUUAAGACUUCGCUGAUUAAUUUGGCAGUCAGUUGUUACAACGGUGUGCGCUGUGUGGUGGGCUUGAUCGUAUGCCAGCAGGGCGCAGUCAGCUGCUUGCGCAUCUGCGGCGCCGUCGGUGGCGUAUGCCUGUGCUCAGGACAGAAGGCCGGCGCCCGGCUCGACAUUUAUCAGCCUGGCGCUGUGCUUCGGUGUGUUUUGGGUGGUUGAUUUUUUUUUAGGAAGAACUACGAUGCGGACUUUCUAGCACGAAGCGCUAGUCUAGCGCCCUAAUGCAGCACUUCUAAUUCGGGGGGGGGGUUGGCCAUCUGGGUGCCUUCAUUUUUCUUAGAGCGGACCCCGAGGCCGCUCUAAGUGUAAGCACCGCUCUAAUUCUAUUCCCAACUCCCAAGCGAGUUCUCAUUUGCCAGCCCGAAUGCUUGUGCGUUUUCACGGUGCUGGUGGGUUUGCAAAUUAGUAAUCAGUCUAGAGAGUGCAGAAGCAUAGAAGGACGAGGGACCCCAGAAACGAGCCAGCAGCGCUAACAGAUGAGCAACACCUUGAGCGCUUGAGGUCGUUGCGAGCGCCGGGCCAGGUCUUUUUCAAGGGCGGCGGGGGCUGUCCCACUGACAAUCUGAAACGCUACCGGGCCCGCCUCGUUGCCGAAGGUGGAAAGCCUUGCUUGGAGGCCCGGGGCUGGCUGCUCUGCGUUCUUUGUUUCUGAACGAAGCUUGCGGCGUUCUAGAAGUGCUUGCAUCAGGCGGACGGGCACCCAACCACCGAUGGCGUUAAAAACUGGCUAAAAAAGUCGGCUUUUUGGGAUCGCGGGGCGCCUGCCCUGGGCCGUUGUGUGUCUGUUUCGUUUCUGGGGUUUUUCUGCCUUUCUCUUGUUGGUUUGUUGGUAUAUUUGCGAGCGACAGGGGGGGCGCUUCGGAGUGUGUUUCUUUUCUGGUACUCUACGGAGGUCCUUCGGAUCUUGAAAACCGCGGCAGCGGAUCAAAGAAGACGACUGAAAAAGUCCCUGUGCUUUUUCCGGUCGUUUUUUUCGAUCGGUUCUGGUUCUGUAUGCUUUGGCUGAGUGGCUCGGCUUGGGGGUGCAUGUCUUAGGGGUGUCGGUUGAAGGGGGUGCAUCGCUGAAGCUGGUCAGGGAGACGAUAAGCCGUCGGCCUUCGGGUGUGAUACUUCUGGCCUCCUGGGUGUUUUCGUGCUGCUUUUCAGUGGGUUGGGCUUGUUUGUGUUUGUCUUUUGUUGCUUGGUCGUCUUGGGCCCCCUGUGGAGGAGGGGCCGGGGGCAUUUAGGGGAGUGCCUCUGCCAUUGGGUGCCCACACUGAGCCACGGCCCCCGGGCUUGGUUGACGAUUGGCGCAACAGCUCGCGCGGAAGUGCGGGGCCUCGCACUCGGAGGGAUGGGCGGACCCGGUAGGGGUCGCGCCUGGGCUUGGGGGGUGGGGUCCCGGUCGACGGUUAGAAAACAGCUACAGAACGGGUAAAGUUUUCGGCUAAAAAAACGGCUAAGAAAACGGCUAAAAAAAACCGUUAAAAAAGGCUAAAAAAACGGCUUAAAAACGGCUAAAAUUUUUGGUCUUUUUCUCGUGUUCUUUCGCCUAGAAGUUAGGCGGCCGCUUUUGCUUUUGGGGUCGGUUUAGAGCAGUCCCGCCGAGUUUUGGAAGGACGUGCCGCCGGCUUUUUUAACCGUUCGGCCCCAAGGUUGGCGCUAUUUUAGCCGUGGGCUUUAACUGUUUACGUAGCCGCGAGCUUUAACCGGUUCCCGCGGGGGCUUGGGGCGCUUGCCUUCGGGCUGCGCAGCCGUGACGUAGACUGGGCCGCAUCUGACGCACCCGCCGCAUUCCGCUGGUAGGCCUCGAAGCGUGGCGUGGUGCUCGUGCAAGCUCCGCGGGUUUGGCUGGGUGGUGCGCGUGUGGACGUUGGGGCCCCGCGUCGUGCAGUGCCUACCCGGAGUGGGGCUGUAACGUCUACGCCAGUCAGGUUGCGUGGGUCGGGUCGCGUGAUUCUGGAGGGGGCACUGGGGUCACAGCUCGCUGGCCCCUCGAAGUGUGGCCUUUCUUAACGUCCGCGCCGGUGAGCCUCGCGGGCUGGUGUGGUGUCGGCUCGUUGUGUCGGGCUUUUCCUGAGGUGUCUUUCUCGAAGUUUGUGGGGCCGCUUGCUGGAGGCCGGCCCAGGUGCAUGCGCUAGACCCGCGGGCGCCUGCUAUUGCAUUGCGGUGACACGGGUUCGCUCGGUGAGGUCUUUCGUGGGUCUUUUGUGUCGGGUCGGUUGUUGCCCCCCGGCUUCCAGACCAGGCGACGUGGGUGCGCUGUGGUGUCGGUCGGUCGGGAUUUUCUCAAAAGCCGAAAACUUUAGCCAAAUUCUAACCGCAUUUGAUGGCUUGGGAAAAUUCUAACCGCAUUUGUUGGCUUGGGAUGUGUCCGCUUGAUCAUUAUAUCUGCAGCCCAGGGGUCACGCUAUGGAAAGGGGGGCCGGCGCCGCUAGAUUUCUCGCAGUGCUAUUGGGUUUGUUUGCGUGGGGGUUUUUUAGAGUAGCCUGGCGCGGGUGCGGUGGGUCCUCGGGCUUCUCACUUAGCAGGGAAGGCUGCUUGAGGUUCACAGGGAGCCUCCAUUCUUCUACCUCUGGCUGACGGUGCUUGAACCGCCUCGGGGUUUUGGGUUCUGUAGGGUACCGGCAAGGAGCCGCGAGGCCGCGAAGCUGGGCGGUUGGGGCCUUUCUUGCUUGGCAGUGAGUCCCUCGGGAAAAAGGGUCUGGCCUCAAAAAGUUAGACUGGGGGAGCCUGGCUUCUGUCUUGACUGAUGAAAAAUGUUUCAGGGUGGAGGCCCCCGCUUUCCCCUGUCUUAUGCUCUGCGCCUGCCAUCGGCUUCUACCGAGGUCACAAGUGCCAGACCGGGGGCCAAUUCUGAUUGUAGAUGUAGUGGCGGAUAUUAAUAUUAUAGACGGAGCCCGGCCUCGCCAUGCAGCAGGGCUUUCGCCGUCCGCUUCUGGCUUCUUCUGAUAUUAAUUCAUUGACUGCACUUCAGCUGCUGCACCUUUUUUCUGCAGGUCUUUACCCUCAUGGUGAAAGUGGUCAGGAGCACGCGGAACCGCAGUCCACGUUGCACCGCGCGGGGCCCUUAUGGCUUGUGAAGGGGCGCUGCCUUCUGGCUCUGAUUGCCCUGGCGUGCUCCAUAACUGGAAGCAUUGGAGGGGGGCGCCGCGGGUACUUAGAUGAGCUAGCAACUUGUGGCAGGCCGCUUCAGAGGGAGUGGAUGUGCGCUGGCUUUCUUUCUAAUCAUGUUGGACGGCAUCGAGGCUGAGGCAGAUCCACCUGUGGAGUUUUUGCAGACCUCUGCUGAUGGAGAAGUAGCAGCUCAGUAUAUCGGCCGAGCGCCUGUCGCGAGUGCGGGCGCCAUUACUGACUCGAGGGACCUUGUGGAGGGCAAGAAAUAUACCAUCCGCUACCUUUCUGAUGGAUCUGCAGGCGCGAGCGACAAUCAGUGGUGCGGCAUUGUAAAGUACAGCGAUUCCGAUACCUAUUACAAUUAUAUCCUUCGGUGCCUCGACGAUAGUACCAAACACAUGUGGACGCUUGCGAAGUAUAAUGUACCCUAUAGUUCUCCCCAAAAAGUGAGGUGGGGGUUUGCGGCGACAGAUCCCAGCGACAAAAUGAUAAAGCGAAAUCUUUGCCGCAGGAGUUCCAGUUUAUGUGCGCUCAGCGGGCCGAAGCCAGAACCUUGCCAGCAGGCUGAUCAAAAUAGAAUGCGCCAAGUGCGGCAAUGCUGGCGAGAAAGUGCCAGCGCUGCCACAGUGUGGGGUGAGUCGCGACGGCAUGGAGGUGCAUAGCUAUUCGACGGCGGGUUGGGAACCGCAGGGGGGCGCGCCGUGUUGCCUGGCGCCACCGCUUGGGCCGCGGGCCGGCCCAGCUUGGUCGGCUUGGCGUUGCUGGGCGAAAUUCUGGAGCACAGGCGCCCGCGGGGCGCACAUGGUGCGGGGUUGCUGCUUGUGUUAGUCUACAGCGCCGGCCGGAGACUGCGCGGGGGCAGGCUCAGCUACUGCCGCACUCCUGGCCGCGAGCAUGCAGGGCGGUGCCGCCUUUCAUGGUUCCGCGCUGCUGCUAGUUUGCAGCCCCGCGCCGCUGUUUGCCGUGCUGCUAGCUUGCGCUGCUGUUGCGUUUGGCUUGCAGUGCUGUCAGCGUUGCUGCCUGCUGUUGUAUCGCUUGGGCUGUUGUUUGCGGUGGUCUGGGUGCCGCCCGCGCUGCGUGUCUGUUGGUUGCAGUGCUGUUGUCUGCAGUCUGUCUCCCCUUCGAGCUUGCGGUGUGCAGUGGUUGCGGUGUGCAGUGGUUGCGGUGUGCAGUGGUUGCGGUGUGCAGUGGUUGCGGUGUGCAGUGCUUGCGGUGUGCAGUGCUUGCGGUGUGCAUUGCUUGCGGUGUGCAGUGCUUGCGCUGUGCAGUGCUUGCGGUGUGCAGUGCUUGCGGUGUGCAGUGCUUGCGGUGUGCAGUGCUUGCGGCGUGCAGUGCUUGCGGUGUGCAGUGCUUGCGGUGUGCAGUGCUUGCGGUGUGCAGUGCUUGCGGUGUGCAGUGCUUGCGGGGUGCAGUGCUUGCGGUGUGCAGUGCUUGUGGUGUGCAGUUCUUGUGGUGUGCAGUGCUUGCGGUGCGCAGUCCUUGCGGUGCCUACAGGGGUGCUGCGGUGCAGUGGCUUCAGCUUCGUGUGAGGGUGUUCGACAUCGCGUCGGGCUCUUACUGUGCUUUUUGAAAAUAUAGGUGGGAAGGGGGGUGCGUGCUGGGUCCCUCGUCGGUCGUGUUUCUCGGGUAAAUGUAUUUGAGAUAAAGCAGCCACGGCCACUCGGCUCAUAGGAGGCGCGGCUUGGUAGGAAGGGCGGGGCGGGCCGGGGCCUCUUUUCGGUCGUGUCUGUUUUUCUAGCGGGUGUGCUUGAUAUAGAGCAGUCGCGGCCACUCGGUCUGUAGCGGGGGUAGGAAUGCGCGGGGCCCUUUGUCGGUCGUGUUUCGAUCGUUCUCUGGCGCGCUUCGCUGGGGUGGGUGGUAUGGUGGGGGUGCCGGCUCCCUUGCAUUGCGGCGGGCACGCAUGGCUAGCCGCGUGUGGGGUGUGUUGCAGUGCUUGGUGGACGAAGAUGCCCCCUCGGGCGGGAGGCUGCGUGUUGCUUGGCUGGCAGUCUGCAACAAUUGGAGCCGCAGAGGGCUGCGCAAAGCUGCGUCUCUGCGUGAAGAAGAGGCGGGGACAGGCUAAGGGCGUCGCCGUUGCCGUUUCUUGUUGCUUGCGGGAGAAAGGCAGAACAACCAAGCGGGAGACGACAGAGACGCCAGGGCCGCGCAACUGAAUGAAAGAGGCCCCGUCACCCCUGGCGGGCUGCGCUGUUCGUUGUUCGCAGAAGAGGCAGGAGCCCCCCGCGGUGCUGUGCUUGCUGGCUUGUGCUGUGCUCUGCUGCUUGGUGUGUGUGGUGUCUUUCUGUUGUCUGAGAGAGUAGAGCGGAGGGAGCGCCGCACGGCUCUGGGCGGUGGCGGCGGCGCUGUCUCUCUUCUUGUGUGUGGUUCAGCCUCCUUCAGUUGUUGCUCUGUUGUUUGGCUUGCCUCAAAUCAAUGGGCUCGCUGUGGGUGCCCCCUGCCUUCGGUGUUCGUUGCCACGGCGCCGCUCUUGGGCAGCGCUGGUGUGUGACGCUGGUGUGUGUAGUGACAGUGAGUGCGUGGCGCGGGUUGUGUUGAAGUGAGUGCGCGCUGCUUGUUGUGCUGUUAUGUGAAGCGCUGGCCCGUGCAGUGGGUGAGAGUGUGUUUGCUGCGUUCGUUCUCGGGCUGCGUGCGGUGCUUUCUGCGCUGGUGUGUGCGUUGUUGUGUCGCUGUGGCCAGGUGCCGGCGCUGGUGCGAGCUGUGUUCAGCCUUGUGGCUUUGCUUCAUAUGUAGUCGUAUAUAUCUUAGCGCCAACUCUUUCGGCUCCAAGGACCAAGACCGAAGCGCGCGGCGGGGUGGGCUGGUUCGUAAAUGGUCGUGGGGUUCGCGCUUGUGCGUUUGCCUCUGUGUCUUGUCUGCGCCUUUGUAUGCUCGCUGGGAAGCAGGGGUGCAGGAUGGCAGGGAGGCGCGCGGGGGAGGUUCGCAAAUCGCAAUGGGUAUGGCGUUGUGUCGGCCCGUGGAUAGACUGCGCGCGGCCUUUUUUGAUUACGUGCGUGGUAGGCGAUGUCUGUGUUUUCUUGCCCCGUCUGUCGACUGCACUGACUGUGACUGGGCAGGGAUCGGUGUGUCGUUUCCGCAUUGAUUAGCCUGCAGGCCCAGUCGCUGAGCUUGGGGCGGUGGGCUGUCACUUGUUCUGAGGAACCUGCAGAGCUGCAACCUUAUGGCUUCCUUAGCAUAGGUCUGGAAGGAGAUAGUUAACGGUCACCCCCAGCACGAAGAUAUUUCGGCGCAACGCAAGCUGUUCGUUCUGGCGUCUUGAUAGUCAAUCUUUGACUAUCGUGUGAGACCGUAUGCUAGAAGACUAAAAGCGAGGACGCUGUUGAGCAGCACACGCGCGCGUCAGUUCUUGGCCGAUCUUAAUUAUUCAAACAAUCUACCCACCGCGCCUUCGUAUUUGUACCAGUGGCUUGCUUCUUUAACUUAAGUGCCUUUCGCUGGAUUCUUAGAUAGAAGCAAGACGAAAGUUGCAAGCUGCAGCCUACUACCUAGUGAUCUUGCGCCUUUUCAUUGUGGUCGAUUGGGAGCAAGGCUGGGCCGACUCCUGGAUCGUGGCGGCUUCAUCCGACAGUUCCGAUGGCGCGACCAUCCGACUGAUGGCCUUAUGGCAUAGACGGCAGUGCGCAUGAGCUGGCCCAGGGUGGCUAUGGAGUGCUGGCGGAAUCCUUAUCAACGCGUCGGCCCCGUGUUGUUUUCUUGCCGUAGUUCGCUGUCUUGGGGCUGGGAAUGCGUGCGCAACCAAGUCGGGCCCGCGCUUGUGUGGCUUUGUUUCGUCUUCGAUUGCGUUGCGGCUAAGCGCUUGCGGCGUCUUCGUGUGGUUUGUUUUCUGGCGGUGUGUCACUGUCUUGCCUGUUGUUGUCGCCAGUCGUUGGACGAAUCGCUUCGGCGGUUUCGGCGGAGGGGCCCUAGGGUUUGGGGCUGAAGUAGCUUCGGGUCCUGCCGGCGUCGUUGCUGGGUAAGCUAAAGGCUUGCCGUCUGGUGGGGCUUUGCUUGAUUGACUGCCUGAGUCCAUGUGUCGCCCGCUCGCUCGUGUGUGGUCUUUGUGGUAGGCUGCGAGGGGGGCUGGCGUGGGCCCAUUUGCUUCGUCUCCUCUCUCUGUGCGCGCCUGGCUGCGGGCUUUCUGGUUUUAGUAAAUUUCCCGGGACCGACGGGCGGGGCGAGUGGGUGCAGCGGACAGCGCUGCGGGCAAAGGGCUUGCUGUUGGUGCUCUUGAGGCGGGCUUGUUCGAUAUCUAUCACCCUAGACCCGCCUGGUCUCGGGCGGCGGCUCGGUCGUCUCGUCUAUGAAUGCCUCGGCGCCGCUCGCUCUUUGCUUCGCUCGGCGUUUGCUUCGUCGAUCUGUUGGCGCAUUUUAUAUCAUGUCGGUCGGCCACCUCUGUCUCCAAAGUGAGUUGUGUUGCUUCAGUCGACGCUGUCUGCGUCGUUGGUGGUGGCGGGGUGUUCUUCUGUCGUCUAUCGAUCUUGGGGCCCCGGCUUUUGGUGUUGCUGGUUUGUAUUUUGUUCCCUGCGGGCAGGAGGGUCUCCAAGAGUGUCCAGCGUCUUCUUUUCGUUGUCCCUUUCGGUGUGCGUGUCAAUGGGCCUGGGCACGAGGGCGCUACCGGCGUCCUCUUGCUUAAUUGCUCUCGGUGCGUGGUUUCUUUCUUCUGGCUGCCUUUUGGUCGUGUGAGUGGGUGUUCAGUUCUGUUCCGCUUCGUUAUGUCUCCGCGCCGGUUGAUCGUCUCGAGGGGGUCGCCAGUUCGUUGCGAUGUUGGGACCCGGAGGGCCUCGUCUGGUCAUCGUGGUCCGCUGUUCUUGGGCGAACUCAUGCGGCGCGUGCUUGUUUCAUUUGGUUACGCAAGCGACAAAACGAACUCCUUCAUACGGAAUACGAAUAACGCUGAUGGCAAUUUAAUCAGAUCACUGGGUGGAGUUAUGCGCAUAUCAUAAGUCUGGCGGUCGUGGGUUUUCUUUUUGUAAUUGCUUAGAAGUUGCCUCCACUUGAUUGCAUUUAGGCUAGCGGGAGGUGCACCCCCUCGCGGCUUGUCUUGCUUUUUUGGUUGGUAGAUUGAUCGUUAACAGAAGCAAGCAGCCGGCGCGUGGGCUUGGGUAUUGAUUCACUGGUGGAGGGAUGGGCGAGCAGGGAAGGCGUGGCAGCGCCGGGGAAUAUUUGUAGCCCCGUGUGGACUGGGGUCGCGCUUCUUCCUCUCUUUUGAUGGUUGGCCUUGUUCUUGUCUUCUCCUUGGUGGGUCGGGCCGGGGGCUUGAUGGCUUGGCAGCGCCUACAGGCCACUAGAUUAGUAACUGCGCACGGGUUCGGGCCCCAUAGCUGAAGCUGACACUCACGCACUUCGACAUACGCGGUCUGCCAUAGCAUCCACUUGAAAAAGUGCUUUGCUUCAGUACGUGGCUGGGGGACCGCCUGGGAAGCCCUUAGGGUGCCGCUAGCUUUCUUGUUCUUGGGUACCCGUACCCCCCAGGGCCUGCUCCUGGGUGUGAGCAGGAUCGCCACGGACUACCCCCCGGGCGUUGGAAGGUUGGAGCCAUUGGCGCCGCCCUGUAAAACAGCCCCCCGCCCCCACCUUAGUAGUUAACCCUCCUCAUGCAGUUGGUUCCGUGCAGUGCUCUGGAGCGAGUCGAGUGGCUGCCUUCCUCCUUGGCGCGCGUGGAGUUGGGGCGGGCUUCGCUGCGCGUGGAGCGUGUGGCCUUGCGCUGGCUUGCUGGUCUCUUCUUCCUUCGGGGCAUCCCGCCGCCGUUUUCCUUUGGCUGCUUCUGGGGCAUCUCCUUGAUGGCGCUUGGGAUGUCUCACCCCCGUAAAGAGAACAACUAGAAGAAGCCCACGACGCUGCGAACGGGGUCCCCGUUCGUGCCGCAGGUGUCCCCUGUGUAUAGAAGUCCACUCCAGACUACGGCUGGGGUAAUGUUCCGGGCUUUGUUUAAUUGUUUAGAUUGGUAGGUGCCUGGGGGUGCCGUAGUCUGGGCUUUAGUUAGUUUGGCAGUGUGGGGCGCAGUAGUUGCCAGUAGUCUCACUCCUCCCAGCCUGUGCUCUGGUUGUGCGGCAGUGGAGUCGGGUGCGGGCGUGUGGUCGUCUGCCCCCGGGGUGGCUUAGCUCGCCUUCGGGUGUGGCGCUCGCCACGUGUCCGGGAGGUGGUCUCCCCGCCCUUCGUCCUCUCACGUGAUCACUACUGCCUUUGGCAGUGCCUUAGCCCCUUCAGGCGGGCUUCUUCCCUUUUCUCUUCCUUUGGUCGUGGCUGGCCUGGCGUGGGCUUCCUUUUGUCCUCUCACGUGGCCGCUACUGCCUCCGGCAGUGCCGUCUUCCUUUCAGGCUGGUCGGCUGGCUUCCCUUUCUUUCUCUUCUCGCUCCUCCUUGCCUGUGCUCUGGUUGUGCGGCAGUGCAGUCGAGUGAGAGUGUGUGGCUGUCUACCCCCCGGGUAGUGUAGCUCGCCCUCGGGCUUGGGGCUCGCCGCGUGUCCGUGAAGUGGGCCCCCCUUGGCUUCGUCUUCUCACGUGGUCACUAGCUACUGCGCUAGGCACCAGUGCCGUCGGUCUCCCUUUCAGGCUGGUUGACUGGCUUCCUUUCCCCUUCUCUCUUCUCUUCUAUUCUUGUUGGUGAAAAAAGAAGGAAAAUGAAGCAACUCCCCUCGUGCGCUCCUUGGCCCGGGGUUUUGGCGUGGAAGGAUCCCUUGCUCUUGGAUGUGUGUGCUGCGUCUCCGACAUGGCAGCGUCGCGAGGGGGGCCGCGGGCUUGUUGUUUUCGGUUCUCAGCAUAGUGGGCGAAGCACUGCGCUCGACUACAGACCACCAGAUGGGGGCGCACUCUAGUGCGGGCGGUCUUUUCUCCUUGCCUUCCUCGAAGAGGGGGGCCCCCUUGGGGAUUAUGGGAGCACGGGAUAGACUGAGCCCAGCCGCCUGACCGCUGGGCUCGUCAUGCCUGGCCAAGCCAGAAAUAAAGUGUCUACUUCUUUAGAAGUCGCCCCCUAACUAUCAGCGCAGAAAAGUGAUGCCGUUUCUAUGGACCCCGGGCCGCUGGCUGCUUCGGGUACCGUAGUGCACUAGCGUCGGGCCCAUUGUCGUGGGGCUAUUUGGAGCGUGGGGAGGGCUGGGGAAUCGCCUCGUUUGGCUUGGGAUCUCGGGUUGGGCUUGGAGACAUCUGCUUGGCCCUCUCGCAAUUUUUUUGGCUCUCUUUUUCUUCUGCGCCUUGCUUUACAAUUUGGGAAAGCCUGGGGCGCAGCUUCUUUCUCCGGGGGGGGGUGGAUCUCAUUAAGGAACCUUUCGCAUGCAUUGCCAUCCCGAAGAUCGUGAGCAACGUCGUCUCACCUUCGAAGGGAAGGCGUGACGAUCUGCCGGGGCGGGGGGAUGCCGAUGCGCUGUCGACUUUUAUUUUGGGGGAAGUCGGUUUUUUGCGCCUGUGGGUAAAUUUUAGGCGGAUGCCGAUGGCGCAGCGGUUUUUUUUGUGGGAUGGUCGUUGUUGACGGUUUUUCUGAGCGAGUUUUGAGUAGGCAUAGCCGCGGCAGGCCCAGGCGAGUGAUUCAGAGUGGUUGUGGGGGCUUCAUACUUUUAGAAGGGUACUUUUGCAAAUUGCUUUAUUGGGUGCUCUCACUACGUAUACGAUAUUUUUAAUUUGCUAUCACCUAGAUAUAGCUGAGAGUAAUUACUGAUAGUUCGUAGCCAGAUUGUGCUGGCUGACUCCUUCCUUCCUCCCAAACAACCCCUAGGAAGAGAGAACAGAAAGGAAGACUUGAGCUUAAACUCAAGAAGUGGACUAAUGACUUACUAAUGAAAGCGGCUACAAUCUAAACAAGUCAUCACUCUUCUUAUUGGGUGCUCUCCCCUGCUCCUCCCUUGGUCUGAAGCGUGACCAGUCCCCACGCAUGGCAUGCCAGGGCGGACUAGCCCCGUGCCCCGGGCAGCGGCGGCCGCUCCUUCUUGGGGCUUUCUUACGUUUGGCGAAAGUGAGUCCAGGACGCUGCGCUCUGUCGCAUUUCUUUGGCUGCUUCUUAUUCCAAUGCCAGACAGCGGAACAAGUGUGCAGGCAGUGUCUUGCUUGCAUUCGGUGCUUGCUGCGGGCGGGUCGAUGCGGGGGUCUCAAAUGCCAGACAGUUUCUAUCGCUGGACUUGUCGGCUUGCCGGCUUGCGUCGGCGCUCUGGCUUGUUUGUGCUACGGAUGUGGCGUGGCGUGGGUGUUUUUUUGGGUGUGCCAGUCUUUCUAGCGUGUCGGCGCCCCGCGUGUGUGUCUCGCUGGUAUUCUGUGGGCUUGGCCUUCUGCUGUCCCGCUCCUGCGUAGGAAGUUCUAUUGGUCACUUUCAUUCGUAGCCCACAUGGUUUGAUGCAUGAUGGCGGGGGAGAAAUAUGCAACACCACUGCAGAGGGUGCUGCGUGGCUGACUUUCGUUGUAGACUGGGGCGGUCGCGUCGCACUUGUCUAAAUUUUCUGUGUGCGAGCGGUUGCACUUCGUCGCGUGCUUGAAAGACUGAAGGCUUUAGCUGCUGAUGAUCGGCGUGCCACAUUUUGUCCGUAACUAGUUUACUCGGUCGGCCGGCCGACCGAACGCAUCUUGUGCCCAACCAAGCAUACGUAGCUGGGUCCCCUUGUGCCUCUUGCAAUUAUAUAUACUUCCACGACCGCCUUCCUUGGUUGUGCUUGUGUGUACCCACAUGCCAGGGAGGGUACUUGGGUGGUUCUUAUAAAUAUCGUUGAUGGCUUUAGCUUAGUGUAGCCCAUUUCUCGCGGCGUUGUUUCGGCGUUCUUAUCUAAGUUUCUUGGAGAUGCCGCGCGCUUCGAGAUUCUGGAGUAUGUUGAGGUGACUUCGACUACAACAAUGACGUCGACGUCAACUAUGACGACCACAGAAACCAAGACAACGACCCUCACGGAGAUGGCUGAUGUUGAAGCUAAUGCUGCCGCAGCCACAGACGACAGUAUUACACGUCCGUAGACCAUUGAUCAACGUAAAAGUAGUCUUGCUGUUGAUGGUGCUAAAUAUCUGUUGCUCAGAUCCUGCGCAAACAUACGUAAGACACGCGCAGCACCAUUAACGACAUCAGCCCAGCUGAUGUCGUUAAUGGUGACAAGAUGUGGAAAAGUAAAGAGCGAUGCAAUUGUCACUGUUAGAGAAGGUGUUGAACUCUGUUGAGACUCCUCCCAUCUGUUGAGAGCUAUAGAGCUAGAAAACUGAACGAGGAAAGUGCUACGAGGUAACUGCUUAGGUCUGUCGAGGUCGUCGCUAGUCUGUCGCGCGUGUUCCAAUAAGAGGAUAAAGGUGGAGCGUAAUUAGGUAAGUAUAAGCAUACUUAGCGAGAUACUUCAUCUAUACUAGAAAUGCACGGUAUGACAUUGACAACAAAAACCAAUUCUAUACUUCAAUUCUCAUCAGGUGUUUUAUGCUUUGACGAAAAACCAAAACCUAACCCGAAACUUAUUCUGCCUGCUUGGUACUGUUCGCCCCUUCUAAAUCUAUCGGUAAGAUCGAAACCACUCGAGUAGGGAACUGAGUGAAAUUCUUCAUGGUAGCGUAAGUUUAGCUUAACCGCAUAACGAUCCCACUAGCAUAGUUAGAAUUUGUAAGUCACUCGCUAUAGUUCACUGAAUUCGUAGCAUGCUGUUUGACUUUGUUUGACUUUGAGUAACGGUCUUUUCUCUCGAGCCCAAUAAGUAAGUACUAACGAUCUUAGUCACACUCCGUAAAAGGUUAGCAGGUAGACGCAGCUCAAGCUUUUACAGCGUUGCAAGAACUUACAAGCAUACUAGACAGCGUAGAAAGGUUUACUUGAAGUACUUGAAAACUUCCAUUUUGCAUUACGGAUUGGUGUUGGAUAUUGUCUUAGCAACCCAAAGGAAUUCUUCAGCUUGUUCGUCAUCGAAUCUCCAUCCUCAUUAUUGUACUUAUACCACUAGGAAAAGCACUGAGCAAACGUAGUGUUACUCGUUAUAGAUUGCUGUAGAUUGUUUCCUUUCGCCGAACUUCGUCCACCUUAGUACCUCCAGGAAGUAUUUGAAUUGGUAUUGACAGUUAUUGCGCCAUCUGAAGCCACUGGAUUUUUUUCAGUAAGCUAACCAGUAACUACAAGAAAAACGCACUAUCUUCACUCUAUCAGGUUCCCCCGAAAAGCGUAGGCUUUCCGUUUGAGUAAAAGUAGCGCAUCAAUAUAAGUAAUUUGAAAUCUAGUGGGGCUUAGUUAAGAUAGUUAGCUGUACCAGCAGGCUAAGUAACUUGUUUAACGCAUUUUUCUUGUUGUUGUUGUUCUUACGCCAGACCUUCUAAUACUUUGCCGCAGUAAUAGUACUACCUGGGUUACGCACCUCCGCCGCAGCUAUUAGCACGAUGUCGACGAUGAAGAUUGAUCCCAAGAUCAUCACGCCAUGGGGCGCAGAGCAGAGCUGGUCUGAUUACAUGCAGCAGGUCAUCAAGCUAUGGAUGUUGACCACCGAGGUACCCGCCGACAAGCGAGCUGCUCACAUUGUACUAUAUGGCAUCCGCCCGGAGCAUGAGCAUAUUGCGCGCGAGCUGAACUUGCUGGACACUCGCAUUCUGGUUGAGGCAAAGGACCCCGCAGCUGAUCACCAAGAUGCCCAAGUGAAGGAUCUGCUUCGGAAGUAUACCCCUGUGGAGCGCAUUUGUUACCUUGUCGGCACGGUGUUAAAACAAUCGAAGCCGCUUGAAGGAUGCCGACACUAUAACUCGCUGACGCGCUUCGAGCGCCGAGCCAACGAAAGCUAUGCUGAUGCUUUGAAGCGUUACAAGUCCUUAGUGGCGACGGUGCGCACUGACGGUCGCAACCUUACCGAGCGUGAACUAUGUGAGCCUCUUUACUUUGGCAUGUUUUGGGCCCCCGCUGAUGAAGUUGCUCUACGCACGCAUUUCCAGAUCUCGGAAGUUGGUACUGGCCGCAACUUGUUCCACCACCUCUGCGAUUCGAUCGACUCGCUAUUCACGGCUACUACUACGACGAUGAAAGGCGCCGGCGCUGGUGGAAGCUAUGACGCUCAAGGAGAUGCUAUCAUGGAAAUUGUCGGCUAUGGUUACAAAAAGGGCACCGGUAAGAACGGUAAGAAAGGCGGCAAAGGAACCAGCAAGAAAAGCGGCAAAGGAUCCGGCAAGAAAGGCGGCAAAGGAGCUGGCAAAAAGGGCGGCAACGGCGGCGGUAAGAAAGGUGGAAACAAGAAGGGCGGAAAGAAGUACUACGCAAAAUACUACGAUAAUAAUGGCAAGUGCUACUUUGUUGAAGUAGAUGAUGACCAAGAACACGGAGCAGGCGCUGCUGGUCACGCUGAUGCGUGACUACCGGAUCCUGCACCACCAAAAGAAAAGUUUUUAGUACAGACGAGCUUCGCGGUCAGCAAACUCCACGAAGCCCGUCUUGGAUGGAUCAUCGUUGAUAGUGGAUGUUCGAGAUCGAUGGUCGGAAAAAGGACGUUAGAAGAAUUCGAAAAGGUAUUCCCUCAGUACGUAGGUGAAAGAAGAAAUAUUCCCGGAGUAGUUUACAAGUUCGCAGACGGCAGCACUACUACAUGCACGAAGGCAGUUUCUAUUCGUGUACUAAAACAAGAAGUACUAUUUGUUAUCAAUGAAGCAGAUAGUAGCGAUUCUAGCAUACCUUUCCUCAUUGGGAAUGAUGUGCUAGCAGGGUCACUCUUAGACCUCAACGACAAGAAGCUGAGGCUAGGGGGUGACGUUAUACCCCUCUUCUACAGCAAGGGCCUCUACUUUGUGAAUUUCCUUACGGCUUCGGUUUUUUCGAUUGCAGAAGGAGAUCGCCAGGCAGAGCCUGUAGAAGAAGACGAAGAUGAAGAUGAAGAAAUAACUGAGAUGGUAAGUUGGUUGGAGACUGUCUUCAACACUGUGGCGCCAGAGGAAGUCCUGACGUUCAGUGGUUUGAAGAAUCUACAUCAGCGCAAUUGGCACGUUAAACCUAAGGACCUCCUUAAUCGCUAUAGGACAUUAGUGGACGCAGCCGCGGAAGAAGAUCCUGAAUUCGACAAGAAGUUUCUGGAGUACGCCGAACAAGUCACCAAGGCAUGCAAAGUCUGUUCGCAGUUUUUAAAAGUUGUGGAAAAGCCCAAGUUUGGCAGAAGGCCAAAGCGCGCUGGUCAGUUUGUUGCUAUGGACACGUUCUUCAUCAACUUCGAAGGCCGACAACAUGCUGUACUACAUCUUUGCGAUUAUUUUUCCAAGUUCUCGAUGGUCUUCGCUUGUCCGGGUGCAACAAGUACCGGCGAUGACGUUUCGUCUGCUUUACGAAGGUGGCGACUUGUCUUUGGCUCGUACCCAGAGGCAAUAGUGACUGACAACGGCAACGAGUUCUGCAAUUCCAAGGUCUACUCUUUGUGUGCUAGUGCAUCUAUCAAGCACAUCCGGUCUGCGCCUUAUGAGCAUUCUUCGAACGGUUUUAUUGAGGUCAUGAACAGAAUCAUCAAAGAAAUACUGAAGCGACUUCUGGAUCGGCGUGCGUCGGAUUUUAAUACGUUAAGCUUCGAGGAUGUUUUGCUGGAGGCUUGCUCGUGCAAGAAUGGUUACGUUCGCAGUUCUGGCUUCUCGUCGCAGUUUAUAGCCUUGGGGAACAAUGUCGUCUUCGACGGUGUCACGGGAUUGGCGCACUCGCCUGAUAUGAAGCCUGCCGAGUGGAUCCGGCAAAGGGAGGCGCUCCGGCUUGAAGCGUCUCGUCUCCAAAACUUGGAGGCUGAGCUAAAAGAAGUAAAGGCGAUCUUGCGUGAGCCUGCCCGCCUCGGAAACGUUACGCAAUUUUCUUUGGGAGAUAGAGUUAUCGUCGCGUCAUCGGUGGACAAGAACGAUACUGGACUAGAUCGCUGGUUUCCCGGCGAGGUUGUAGGUGUUCGCGGGUCGCGAAUGCUCAUCGUCCAGGACACUGCUGGAGCUCUUCAUGAAGUCCACUCGCGCCGAGUACGUAUGCUGCCUCCUUGUGACAUUGUGGACGACGAAGCUGAAGAUGAAGAUGAUGCUGAGCCUGAGGCCCCGGAAGAACACCCUGCUGCACAGCUUGACGAAUUGCCUGACGCCGAGCAGAGUGACGCGGUGCCCUUGGCCCAGGACGCCCCGGCUGAAGCUCCUCGUGAUGGCCAAGGACGUGAUGCCGAGGAAUCUCAAGAUCAACCUCCACAGCAAGAACCAGGCGCGGCAGCAGUAGAAGGCCGCCUUGAGGACGCUCCUGCUCAGGCACCGGCCCCGGAGCAAGCCAGCAAGGAGGUUGAGGACAAGAUAGCUGACAUCGUUAAACGGAACGCGCAGUCCCUAUUAGAUGCAGCACGGCGACAGAAGACUGCGAUCAAGAAAAGCCUUUUCAAGGGUGUCGACGUUCGACAAGCGUACUGCUACAGGGGAAUAAAGGAGGCUCGUUUACCGGCCCAGGUUGCGCAACUUACAAGACAAGGCGACCGAUGUUUUUCCAUGCAGUUUGCUCUUACCACCGGUCGCAGGUUGCUUAAGGUUAUCCGGGCGGAAGAUUAUCCGGACUCUAGUGCGCAUACUCUACCUCUUGGUCGGUCCACAGCUGUGCUGGUAACUGUUGUCUUUACAAAUCGGCAAGAGCCUACGGCCGACCUGAAUCCAAACCAAGAAGUUCGCGAAAUUGGUUCUGCCAGAAAUCGCGGCGCACGUUCUACUACGGUUCCUGAUGAUCCUGCUCGCUAUACUGCUGUGCCAGAAGAUAUGCAGAAUCUGGAAUCUUUGCCGCAGCUCUCGGCGAAACAACUCCGAUGGCUUUCGGUCAAGUGUGGCGUUGCGUUGACCCCUCAAAAGCGAGACAUGCAGAGCCGACUUCGUGCACACUACGAACGCACUGCUGACGCAGCAGGCUUCGCCGCGUUUGAGUUGGACGAUGAUGAAUUUCAAGAAGAAGCUGCGGAGCUUGCCUUUACCGCUGGUCUUGGUUUCGAUGUCGCAAAAGCUACGUGCUCCAAGUCGGAGCAGCGUGUUGAGCUAGGUUACUUGCGUGACACUUGCAGUGGACUUCUGACGAAAGCGAAUUCUGAAGAGAUAUUCUUGCAGCCUGGAGAUGCAGCAUUUGAUGCACAUUUUAUGCCGCUUAGUUCUAGGAGGGCUGACUUGGAAUAUGUUUUGGUGAGUACUGGGUCCACUCGUGUCAAGACUUGGAGGCAGUUACAUAAAGAGCACGAAAGUGAUAUAUUCAUACUUAGGUCGUCCCUACCUGCCUUAGAGGCAUUACAGCAAGAGACGUGCUCUGUGUCUGAUAUAGUUAUAUACUUCUUCUACCAUAAGGACAUAAGUAAAAGUUUACAAAAAGCACCAGUAGAGAAAAACACUGCUGGGGCUACUGCUGCUAAAGCGUUUAAGCUUCCGUUUGGAGUUAUGGCCAAAGGCACUGUUGAGCUGCCUUAUGAGUGGUUUAAAGAGAACGACCUACUUGACGAACUCUACGCAGCAUUUAAGAAAGAGUUUGACUCCCUUAGAAGUAACGAAGUCUUUGACGUAAUUACUCGCCCUGAUGGAGUAAAGCUGAUCACCUCAAAGGUCAUCUUUGCAGUUAAGUUCACUCCUGAGGGUGCCAUAAAGCGCAUUAAGGUUAGAUACGUCCCGCGAGGUUUUUCUGACGUUCGCGACUCUUUUCUACGUAAGGGCCAAGACGUAGUCAGUAACGAAGGCUUAGUUUUUCUUUUAACCUUAGCAGCGUUAAACCAGUGGGAACUAAAGACCACUGAUUUUAUGACGGCCUUUCUUCAGUCUGAACCUUACCGGGAUGAUGAAAAGAAUCCCUUAGUUGCUCUUCCAUAUUUGCCCGAUCCUAAACUCUAUGAUCUUCUGAACGUUGAACGGGGCAAAGUAUUGAAGAUGCGAAAGGCUGUCUAUGGGCUUUAUGAUGGCCCACGGCGGUGGUUUACUACGUUUUCUACUUUCUUAAAGCAAGUAGGUUUCCGUCAGAUUAACGCUGACUGUGGUUUGUGGGUUCUUCCCUCGCCGGAAGAUCCGAGCUCUAAAACUACGUCUGAGGAAAAGUCUCACCUUGAACAAGCUGAAGACGCGCUUGACCGUGAUCCUUUACCUAAACCGCCUAAGACUAAAAUUAGUGGAGUUCUCUGUCUUCAUGUAGAUGAUAGCUUGCAUGGUGGUGAUGAGUACUUUCAACAGGUUUGGGCACAGGUUGAGAAGCGCUUUAAAAUAGGUGAGACCGAGGACUUAACUAGUGACGGCGUCUGUUUUUGUGGGCGUAUUCUGCGCAGGGAGUUUGACCGUUUAACUAGAAGACUUUACUAUACCAUUGAUCAAGAGUUCUACACCCAGAAGAUCACGCAGAUCGAUAUUCCUCAAGGAGUUGCUCUCAGUACUCCCAUGGGUGAUAGUCUUACUCUCUAUAGAUCCCUGAUAGGCCGCCUCAACUGGAUCACUUUUCGAACGCAUCCCGAGAUAGCUUAUGAUGUGCACGCUUGCUCUAAGAAGUGCACUAGUGCCACCUGGCAAGACGCAGUAACGUUAAAUAAGGUGGCCCGGCGGGCCAUCUAUAACAGGUCCAUGCGCAUCAUGGUCAACCCCGAUCCUGGCGGACGGUGGCAGAUAGUUUGCUUCUCGGAUGCUAGUUAUCCGAGACCUUCUAGUAAGCAUGUUUUACCUUCGCCCCCUUGUGUCGGAGUUGUUAUCUUUCUAGCUAACAUGGGGCCAGAUUCGGAUACUUUUUCUGUUGAUCAACUACACUGCGUGCAGCCCGUGAAUCCUGUUAAGUCUCGCCAUGUGUGUGCUAUCCCUCUCUAUUGGCGAUCUCGCGACGUUACUAGAAAGAUAGAAACUGUUCUAGACGCAGAACUUAUAGCGACUCAGUUUGGCUACAACUUGAGUAAGUACCUACAAGGCUUCGCGAUAGAACUAGGACUAAGCCAGCCUUCUGAUCCUGUAUUAGUCUAUAACGACAACAACUCUAACAUCUCACACAUUAGGUCGUCUAAUCGACAUAGUAACCCUAGACUAAACAGUUUGUGGUCUUGUUUACGCACGUACUACCAAGAUGGCAAGAUGGUUCUUCGCCAUAUCUGUGGGAAAACUUUAAACUUUUCAGACGUUCUAACUAAACCAUCUUCGCCUCUCAUCUCUGUACUCACAAAAGUCAUCUUCAGAGGUAAGAUAUAUAUACCCUCUGCUAGGGAAAAGUUCUAAAGAGAAAAGACGCGCACAAAAGGGAAAGAAAGUAAGAAAACUUUGAUGGGUAUAACUUGAGUAAGUUUUUAUCCACUAUGCAUAACCAUAAGUAAGACGAGUUAAAACGUACUCGAUGAUUACCUGUCGUAUUCGUUCCAUGGACACUGCUGAUCUCUGCCUACUUGUAUACUUGACGCGAAUUAUUUCACUUCUUCACCGAUGUACUUGCUAAGUUGUAAAACUAAAAGGAAUGAAAAUUGCUGAUUAUAUAUAAUGAAACAUAUAGUAGCUAGUAUAGGAGCAUACUGCUUUCUGUAGUGUGAGGGUGUUUGUUUUUGUUUGAUUAGUUCGCUUGACUUGCCGCACCACGUCGAACAACUCACACCAGGACCAUCUGCGUAUAUUUGUUGAAGAGACCUCUCGAGGAGAAUGGCUACAGAUACGCCUAAGCUACUUUGGACUCAGUUCGAGAUGAGUCGACUAAAAAGAACUCUGAGGAGAACUACCUAAGCACCAACUAAAACACCUUGGGCCAUGGCGAGUGGUCUUUCACCUAAGCUAGCUAAAAGACAGUAAGUAAACGUAAGAACUUAGGCUGAGCUCAAGUCAGAUCUUUUUAGAUGGAGGUCCUAUCUUGUAGUGUACUCUAUUAGGUAGGUAGCCGGCACUCCAGAGGAGUUAGAUCUAGACUAUAAAAGUAAAAGAACGUAGACGAAAGUAGAACUUGAAAAAGGUCAAAACAAUAAGACUCCUACUGCGAUGACUAUUGUUGUAUACUUGUCUAUGUCUCCGGUUUGCUCUAGUUCCAUAGCACAAUCUCGCUAACUUGCAGCUCCUUAGACUAUAAACACCGCGACACGACAGACCUCUACAUAUAACUAGCACUAGGCUAAAAACGCUCAAUCCUCAACAUCUAGAGUAGUUAUAUGAUUGAUUAUUAGAAAUAAGCCUGAUCACCUUAUUUCCAAUAAUUUUUUAGUGGGGGGAGUGUUGAACUCUGUUGAGACUCCUCCCAUCUGUUGAGAGCUAUAGAGCUAGAAAACUGAACGAGGAAAGUGCUACGAGGUAACUGCUUAGGUCUGUCGAGGUCGUCGCUAGUCUGUCGCGCGUGUUCCAAUAAGAGGAUAAAGGUGGAGCGUAAUUAGGUAAGUAUAAGCAUACUUAGCGAGAUACGUCAUCUAUACUAGAAAUGCACGGUAUGACAUUGACAACAAAAACCAAAUCUAUACUUCAAUUCUCAUCAGGUGUUUUAUGCUUUGACGAAAAACCAAAACCUAACCCGAAACUUAUUCUGCCUGCUUGGUACUGUUCGCCCCUUCUAAAUCUAUCGGUAAGAUCGAAACCACUCGAGUAGGGAACUGAGUGAAAUUCUUCAGAAGGUCAAGAAUUAAUAGAUGAGCAGCCAGGCAGUAUGAAUAUGAUCAUAUCACUUCGCUUGCCGGUGAAGGUCAACGCCGGGAACGCUCCUGCUGUUCGUGUUUGUCCCUGUCGUGUGUGAUCUCGGGCGCCUUGACCUUGUGUUGCAUUGGCCGUGGCUACCUACGCGACGCACAAGAGGGCCCCACCAUGUUCCCCAGGCUCACUCUUCUUGCUAUCUAGAAAGCUGCUCGACUUCUAUCCUGGCUUUGUAUGAUAAUGGUAUACCAGCGAGCGUCGGAGAUAGGGGCCAUUUCCGCAUGUUCUCGGCACUGUGUCUACUCGAUCGUCUGCCACUGUGUCUACUCCAUCGUCUGCCACCGUUUCUACUCGAUCGCCUGCCACUGUGUCUACUCGAUCGUCUGCCACCGUGUCUGCUCAAUCGUCUGGCACUGUAUGUGCUCGAUCGUCUGGCACUGUAUGUGCUCGAUCGUCUGCCACUGUGUCUACUCGAUCGUCGCCGAGUCUACUCCAAGCGAAACAGUUGACUCGUGUUAUUUAGCUCAAGAGUGUGUCGCUCAAAUGAGUGUGAGUCUGUCUACAACUUGUGCAUCGUGCAUAUAGUCUACUUUCUCUUUUGGUACUCCAACUCCAUCUCCAAUCGUGACACUUCUGUCAGAUGCGAUCACAACCCAUUUCGUCGAGUACAGUGGACAGAAUUGCGGGAAAGGUGACGAUGCCACAUACCAUUAAGGCUCUACUGAGACUGCACGUGAUCGGCUUUUGCCCCAAAAUGGGCGACCUCAAGUAGUAUUUGUUUCUUUGGAGACGGAAAACAAGUGCUUUACUCCCGAAUGGGGAAGAAGCUUCGCGAUGCUCCGCCGGGAUAGGCUGGCUUAGAGUUUCAAAAUGAAACGCUCUUCAAGUGGUAGCCGGGGUAUCUGAGUAUGUUGAUUGCGAUGCUGUAAUCCACACUUAUUUCUUGUACGCUCAUCGUUAUCAUAAGAACUUACGUUUUAGGUUUGAUGAUGUCUUUUUGUGGGGGUAAGCGCUAACAUCAGCCGGGAGGUAAUGCAACGCUUAAUCGUGUCUAUCUGUACAAUGCGGGGGACACGGAGGUCGAGCACCUCACGAAGUGCGCGAAAAAGUGCUCCGAGUACGUUGUCACAGGUACUAAGUAACCCUAUAUUUGCUUGUUCAAUAGCUAACAAAAUUUUACGGAUAAGCUAGUGGACAAAGGAGCCACCGCCUUUAGUAUUAAUGAGCUACCUGUACGUGUACCUCUCGUACUAGCGAUUACGAUGUCAAAUAAGACGAGUACGGGUAGAACAAGGAUGAAGGACACGGGUCCGCAGGGUUGGGAGGAUUAGUUACCUUCACAUGAUGUUGAUGGACGAAAAUUACGCACAUUCAUGUCGUGCCUUCACUGGACCUUGAUCAGAGAAGCCAGUCUACUAGUAAAAGUUGUCACCUAGUACAUAUUAAGGCGAUUAGAUGAUGUCUACUAGGUAGAUGGACUAAUAAUGGAGUCAAGUGCGACAGCAAAACUUGUAGUGAAGAUCGUACUCGCCUAGUUUCAAAGAUCGUAUGUGUAUGAUGAUUAUUUAGUAGACCUAUCAAUCUUCAAAAUCACUAUCGUGUCCGUGCGCGAUAUGUGGAAAUCCUGUCCUAUCGUAAAUAAAUGAUGUGAAGCUAAUAUCACCUAUAAGUUGUCUAUGUCUGGUCUUCAGCUUCUCAUCGAGAGUCUCUCUCUAUCACAAUCACAUAGUACAAUGAGAUAAUUUUUGACUUGGAACAAAUGCUACUUGCAUGAUUCUCGUCACUUACACGUCAAUAAUGUUGAUUAUUAGGCGCCGAAGGUUGCGGUGGCUUCAUGUACGAGAAGGAGGCAGUUUCCGACACCAACGAAAACCUAGCUGGACAAGAGGGCGCGUGCACGCUCCGCCAAGGUCCCGUCUCGAUGGACCCCGCAUGUCCGACAUUACGGCCACUUUUUUGUAGUACUUCUAAAGAAGCAAAGAAAGGUUUGAUCUUGAAGUUGAGCUUCUACUUCUAGCUUUUUACCGAGAAGGAGAAGCUGUGUAGAGCGAUGAUGUCAAUGCUUCGCUUUCAUCUUUGUAUCAGCUGAACCCUGUAGGUUAUUCCGUGCGGGCUUGCCUCUAUUUCACCCUUUGAAAAUCGUGAGGAGGAAAAAAACAGGCUGAAUUAUAAUUAGUUUUUGGGGAAUGCUUCUACCUUGCAUCAGUCAGCUACUCGUACCAAUACUACUUAUUUAGCAGUUGCCCAAGCUAAUGAAAAUUCUCUCUAACCAAAUUGGCAGGCGUGCGCUUCUAUCGACGCAUGUCGGCGGUAGUCACCGUCAAGUAGAAAGAAACUUC